CUUUGCUCUACAUUCAAUCGUGUUAAUGAUUACCGUCCGUUCCGUAGUGGUGUCCAAUCGAUCUUCGUUGCAGAUAUGCCUUCGUUUUUUGGCAUACUUCCACCGAAGUUUGCAAACGGCUCGGCGUGUUGCUAAUAUUGAGCAAAAUCGAAGAGGUAACCUAAUUCACGCCGAGCAUUGGCGACAAAACUUCAUCCAUUGUAAGAGCUUGCAGAUGCUCAAACAAUUUCAAACUGCAGUUCCGCAGGAUUUGUGGACGUAUAGCGAAUGAUAAGAGACCCUGCAAGAUGGUAGCUUUGAAGAUAAAAGUCGAGAGUGUUAUAACAAUCAUGUCAUAUGAGGCAGAACAACUUUGGCAAGAACUUUUAUCUAAAGACGAAAUAGACGAUGAAAACUUAUUUGGAGAAACAUCAUCAGAUGAAUAUCAGCCUUCUGACAAUAUGACUGACUCUGAUUCGGAUUCAGGAAUAAAAAGACCGAAAAGUGAAAAAUCUUUGACAGCGAGUGACUUCAAAUAUAGGAUGGACACAAGGCAAAUUCGCUCAACUUUCUUAUUCCACUUCAAAUUAGGCCGAAAAGCUGCCGAGAUAGUUCGCGACAUUAACGAUGAUAUUGGCCAAGGAACCACUAACGAACGUACGGCGCAAUGGCGGUUCAAAAAAUUCCGCAGCGGUGACGAGAGCUUUGAAGAUAAAGCGCCCAGUGGUCGGCCAUAUGAUGUCUACGACGACGGCCCUGACCAAACCUAUUGUGAACAAAAUAAAAAUAAUGUUUAAAAUGUAUUCGUACUUCUGAAUAUCAGUAGAUUAAGCAUCAUUUUAUAUAUAUAUAUAUAUAUAUAUAAUAUGCAUCUAUCAGUAAUAACAUAAUCUUACAUCAAGCAUUUUUUUUCAACGCCUACUUAAAUAAAAUAAAAAACGUUUUUCCUUUUGACUAAAAAAAUAUAUAACAUGUGAUAUGUCGUUGAUUUCGUAGAAAAAGAUGCUAUCAGAUACAAGGUUUACCUUUUUCGGGUCAUAUAAAAGCAGAUUUUUCCUAAUUUAACCUAAGCUGUAUCCCUCAGAUAUUGAGAAACCCAUGCAUAGGAUCCUUAUCUUGGAUAUAUGACGCUGUUUCAUCCUUGCUUGACAUCAUCAGUGCGAUAUAUGUCAUGGGAUAAGCUUAUCGAAUCAAUCUAUGUUUAAUUCAGGCUGUAUACUUUUGUAAAUUGAUGUGGCAAUUUUCUUUUAGAAUGAAAGCAUUGCUCCGUAGAAGCAGCUUAAUCCAGCAGAUUCAGAAAAUCGUCAAGAAAUACUGGUCCUACAGACAGAAGUGGAAUUGUGUUUAGCACAUUUAUUUCUUUGGAUUUAUUGGAUAUUAAUAAUAAAAUUGUAAGAACGUUCCUCAUAAUAACCAAAGUCUCAAAUCAAUUAAACUCCAAAUUAUCGUCAAAUAGUAAAAAUAUAAAAUCAAUUAAUUUUAUUCUCGUUUUUCUCAGCUACAUCAUUAUCAGAUAUAAAAUCAAAAACAUCAUACAAAAGAUGUGUACCAUACGCUCUGGUAUUGAUAAUGCUUUUAAGAUGAUCUCUAUUGUGAUCAUUGUGAAGCCACUUGGGAUCUUGAUAGCUAGUGGAAGACAGGUCUUUAUUUUUGCCUUUUUCAAAAAUGUGUAUGGAUUUUACAAAGUGCAGAGACCUAAAAUUCUCUAACCGUUUAAUAAUAGUGUUCGUUUUUAUAAUGAAACCAGCCAUUUUUACAUGCUUGUGAAACCUAGCUUCCUCUUGUAUUUCAUUUCUAUCUGAAACGAUUAGACCCACCAAGAAUAAUCCUCAUAAAAAAUAGGAAGGUGCUAGUCAAAAUUCUACCAAAAAUUGGAUAUUCUCUAGGUUCUAUAACAGGAUCGUCAAGCUGUCUAGUAAAUCAUACAAGACUUAAAAACAACGUUUUCGAAAAAUCUGCUGUAAUACUAGUGAAAUUGUAAUUUCCUUUAUCCAUAUCAGUUGUAUCACCAGUUUGAAAUACGAUGUAAAAACAUAUAGCAAAAGCAAUGAACUGAAUGGAAUAGAUACCAAAAUACUGCAAGAAGUAUUUUGUAGAACCGAAAAUAAGCGUAUAUUUAGUAAAAGUAGGCAUUUGAUUCAACAUUAAACACAACAUCACAGUCGAAAGCAAAAUUGAAAUAACCCUAGCAUAUAAUUGUAUUUGGUAUAGGUAUCGUUGCUAACGUAAAACCAAUAAUAGAAAGCUCUGUAUAGUUUGAUAUGUCCGAGAAAUAUUUUAAAUGACUGUAUCAUUUCUUUACAAAAUUGCAUGAAAGGAAGCGUGUAAAGCAUAUAGUUAACAAAUAAACUAACAAAACCUACGUGACUGAAAAUCAUGUACUGGCGAUAUGUCGUAGUUUGAAUGUUACUAAAUGAUCAGCUGUCUCUUGUCACGUUUUGAUGUAAAUAGUUCGUUUUGUGGAAGCUUAAGGGUUUUAAAUAAAUUAUCUCGUCCAAUACAGCAAGCUUGGCAUCACUCAAUCUAGUCCCCUGAUUAUUACUAUGUAGUGAUAUGAGUUUGUUAAGAAACAUGUACAGUGAGUUAUUUCUGUAGAUUUUAUGAUUCCUGAGAAAAUUGGCGCGAGUAUUAAAAAAUAACUUUGGCAACAUCUCAAAUAUAUCAUCCAUAUUUAUUUGGCUUUCCUUGUGCAACAGCAGAACUGCCACCGUUGGAUAAUACCCAUGUACUGACGCAGCUUCUAGUAUAGUAACUUUAUGUUUGCUAUCUGUUAAGUUGAGAUCUGCGUUGUUGUUUAAGAGAUGAUAUAUACAUCUGAAAUAAAAAUUAUACUGAUUACUGGUGGAUGCAAGCCCGCGCACAACUGUUUGUGAGCUUGCGGAGGAGCUUGAGUUGAUACUGCGACCAUUUCC